AUGGCAUCCACAGAUGCAGAUCAUGAUUUUGCUGGUAAUAGGCAACUACAUAUAAUAGAAUGGGAACAUCUGGAUUUGCGAAAGUUUUAUCCGUUAGCGAUGUUAUCAUCGUGGAGUGUUCGUUGCUUGUUGUAUCCGAUGUCAGUGGUCAAGUCGAGAUUACAGCUGCAGAAACAGUGCACUUUUUACAGGGGAAUGAGACAUGCUUUCGUGCAUAUUCUCGCCAACGAGGGCUUCACUGCCCUCUACAGAGGAUUCUGGAUGACUCUUCCCCAGCUGAGCGCAUCGUUUCUUUACUCGGGCGCUUAUGAAAAGAUACGUGACACGUUACAGGCACACGCUGGUCUAUCGUCUGCACCUUACCUGUCUGCUUUAGCUGGUGCAUCUGCAUCAGCAACAGUGCAGUUAGUUUUUGUACCGACCGAUAUCAUUGCUCAGUAUAUGAUGGUGCAUAAUAACGCGGAAAAGUUUGUUGGUAUGAUUUAUUGUUGUUAA